ACAGUACCGUAAUGAAUAUUUUUGAUAAACGUCGUUGAGAGUAUCCAUAGGGUAAACUCCAUACAGAGGGAUUGUUGGGGAAAGUUACCUGCAUUUUACGUUUAAUGGAUAACUGCCAAAUUCCCUUUCACGAAUGUUGCACGCGCAUGAAUACCGAUUAUACUAAGACGUUUACAUUUUUGUCAGUUUUAUAAACAGUUUUGUAAGUUAAGCAUGGGGCUUAACUUUAAUUAAUUUCUUUAAUUAAUUUCUUUAAUUACGAACGAGGCUGCGUGUCUAUGGAUUUCACUGUGGAGCCUGAGUUUCGCCCGCCUACCUGGGAGAAACCCUAAGCGGUGCCUUGACUCCUCCUGUCCAGCAGGGGGCGCGGGCAGGGGCCGCUCGCGCAUGCGCAGUGAGCUGGGUGUCAGGCCGCCGAGCCCAGCCGGCCCAGUGUUCCCCGCUAGCUACCGCAGACCCGGCGCAGGCGGCGGCGACCAGCAGCUUCGUGCGAUCCCACCCAGGCGGCUGUGGCCAGUGCCCCGCGGCAUGAGCCGGUGACCGAGCGCGGGGCCGAGCAGGAGGCAACCGUGGCCGAGCUUUUCCGAAUGAGGCCAUUUUGAAGAUCGGGAUUUUGACAUGUGGAAUGCUGAAGUCCUAAAGUCUCUUGUUGCAGUAACGUGUCUGUGCCAGAUGAUGCAGCCACACUCAAGGCUUUACCCUCCCCACACGGUAGCUAGGCAUCAGGUGUCGGGCUUGUUUGGUCCUCUAUGAGGGUUGAAUGAAUGAAUGAAAACAGACUUUAGUACAAUGAACGAAACCUCAGUUUGUCCAGAUGAAGCAUCAGUUUAUGUUAGGAGUGUGAGGAAGAGGCUCUCUGGGUCAUUAUGUGUGCCUCGGUCAAGUACAACAUCCGGGGUCCUGCCCUCAUCCCGAGAAUGAAGACCAAGCACCGCAUCUACUACAUCACCCUCUUCUCCAUCGUCCUGUUGGGCCUCAUCGCCACGGGCAUGUUUCAGUUCUGGCCGCACUCCAUCGAGUCCUCGAGCGACUGGAGCGUGCAGAAGCGCAGCAUCCGCGACGUGCCGGUGGUCAGGCUGCCGGCCGAUAGCCCCGUCCCCGAGCGUGGCGACCUCAGCUGCAGAAUGCACACAUGUUUCGACGUCUACCGCUGUGGCUUCAACCCCAAGAACAAGAUCAAGGUGUACAUUUACUCUCUGAAAAAGUAUGUGGAUGAUGUGGGUGUCCCAGUGAGCAGCACCAUCUCCCAGGAGUACAACGAGCUGCUCACGGCCGUCGCAGACAGCGACUACUACACCGAGGACAUCGCCCGGGCCUGCCUGUUCAUCCCGUCCAUCGACCUGCUCAACCAGAACGCGCUCCGCGUGAAGGAGACGGCGCAGGCGCUGGCCCAGCUCUCCAGGUGGGAUCGAGGAACCAAUCACCUCUUGUUCAACAUGUUGCCUGGAGGUCCCCCAGAUUAUAACACGGCCCUGGAUGUCCCCAGAGACAGGGCUCUGUUGGCUGGUGGUGGCUUUUCUACAUGGACUUACCGGCAAGGCUACGAUGUCAGCAUUCCUGUCUAUAGUCCGCUGUCAGCCGAGGUGGACCUUCCAGAGAAAGGACCAGGGCCGCGGCGGUACUUCCUCCUGUCGUCCCAGAUGGCUCUGCAUCCCGAGUACAGAGAGGAGCUGGCCGCCCUCCAGGCCAGACACGGAGAAGCGGUGUUAGUCCUGGACAAGUGCACCAACCUCUCCGAGGGCAUCCCCGCCGCCCGAAAGCGUUGCCACAAGCACCAGGUCUUCGAUUACCCACAGGUGCUGCAGGAGGCUACUUUUUGUGUGGUCCUUCGAGGAGCUCGGCUGGGCCAGGCGGUGUUGAGUGACGUGUUGCGGGCCGGCUGUAUCCCAGUUAUCAUUGCAGACUCCUACAUUUUGCCUUUCUCUGAAGUUCUUGACUGGAAGAGAGCAUCUGUGGCUGUGCCAGAAGAAAAGAUGUCAGAUGUGUACAGUAUUCUGCAGAGCAUCCCCCAAAGACAGAUUGAAGAAAUGCAGAGACAGGCACGGUGGUUCUGGGAAGCGUACUUCCAGUCAAUCAAAGCCAUUGCCCUGGCCACCCUGCAGAUCAUCAAUGACCGGAUCUAUCCAUACGCUGCCAUCUCCUAUGAAGACUGGAAUGACCCUCCCUCCGUGAAGUGGGGCAGUGUGAGCAACCCGCUCUUCCUGCCACUGAUCCCGCCACAGUCUCAAGGUUUCACGGCCAUCGUCCUCACCUAUGACCGAGUGGAGAGCCUCUUCCGGGUAAUCACUGAAGUGUCCAAGGUGCCCAGUUUAUCCAAGCUGCUGGUCGUCUGGAAUAAUCAGAAUAAAAACCCCCCAGAUGAUUCUCUGUGGCCCAAAAUCCGGGUUCCUUUAAAAGUUGUAAGAACUGCUGAAAACAAGUUGAGUAACCGUUUCUUCCCUUACGAUGAAAUCGAGACGGAGGCCGUUCUGGCCAUUGACGACGAUAUCAUUAUGCUGACCUCUGAUGAGCUGCAGUUCGGUUAUGAGGUCUGGCGAGAAUUUCCUGACCGGUUGGUGGGUUACCCGGGUCGCCUGCAUCUCUGGGACCAUGAGAUGAGUAAGUGGAAGUAUGAGUCUGAGUGGACCAAUGAGGUGUCCAUGGUGCUCACAGGGGCAGCUUUUUAUCACAAGUAUUUUAAUUACCUGUAUACCUACAAGAUGCCUGGGGACAUCAAGAACUGGGUGGAUGCUCAUAUGAACUGUGAAGAUAUUGCCAUGAAUUUCCUGGUGGCUAACGUCACGGGGAAAGCUGUUAUCAAGGUGACACCACGAAAGAAAUUCAAGUGUCCUGAGUGCACGGCCAUCGAUGGGCUUUCGCUAGACCAGACACACAUGGUGGAGAGGUCUGAGUGCAUCAACAAGUUUGCUUCUGUCUUUGGGACAAUGCCUCUUAAGGUGGUGGAGCACCGAGCCGACCCCGUCCUGUACAAGGACGACUUUCCUGAGAAACUGAAGAGCUUCCCCAACAUCGGCAGCUUAUGAAAUGUGCUGCUGGUGGAGGUCUGAACACUAAUCCCGGGCGGAGGAAGAGAACACGUCCCCCCAGCACUCUGAUGCCCAGAUUUCAGAGUGGGAGAUUGGCACAUCCCUGCCCAGCCUGCUUACCCGAGAGCAAGAGCCCAGGGAGGACAUCUGAGUACCUCGUGCAACCUCUGAUGCUCUCGAUGGGUUCUCUCUGAAAACUCCAGAUGGAAGCCUUGGGCAGGCUCCAGGGGUAAGGCCAGCUCAGGUGUCCUUUGUUUGUAGCUCAAUACAAGGUCUAAGAGGAAACUUCACUGGCUGUAAGACAGCUGAGAAACCUCCAGCCCAUUUCAGAUUUGGGGAAUCAGGUAAGAGCUACCUGUUUCUCACUUUUCGUUAUUUCAGAUCAGUGAGUUCUUCAGAGGAAAAGCCAUGCCCAGAAUUUGGUGCAAAAUCCAAACAUCUUAGUGGCUUUUGAUGCCUUGGGACAAUGGGGCACUGGCCUCGUCCAGAGAAGAGCACCGGCUGCCGAGAUGGGACCUAUAAGUUCCAUGAACUAUCUCUCUUUGGUUUGGCUUUUUGAUAUGAUUAAAAUUAUUUUUUAUUCCAUUUCCUACUAUGUCUUAAAUAUUGGUUAUGGAACUCUG